UAUCACAUCAUCCAUCCAUCCCCCAUCUAGUAUCAUGUUCUCCACGGGUUUUUCAGCUGACCAAGAUCAUAUUUCUUUGCGUUGAUCUUACUAGGCCCUCGGCUACCCUUCGCUGUAAUGUCUUCCUCGUCGCAAGCUUUGGCUAAGCGCCACAUCGAAACCAGUCUAAUGCCCCCUCCCCCGAAACGCAUCAAACGACCUGCUACUGUCCUCGAUGAAGACGUCUAUACAAAUACCUUAUCUGACAUCAUUGCGCGAGACUAUUUCCCGGGGCUUCUGGAGGUACAAGUGAAGCAAGAGUACCUCGAAGCACUCGACUCGAGAGACGAAGAAUGGAUUGCUACGUCUAAGAAAAGACUUAGCGACUUGAUGUUGACUCCGGAAAGAGCUCGGAAGCGUCCUGGAUCAUCGAAUUCCAUAAUAACAAACAACCCUACAGAAGUAAGGCAUGCAGAGGAUACUCCUACGGGUUGGGGUGGGGAUACGCCAAUGUCAAUCAUGUCCAUGGCCUCCUCAUCAACGGCUCAGCAUUUGAAAGAUAAUAAUAUUCCGAGCCUGUCCAACCUGGGGCUGCUCGAUUUCCAAGCGAAAUACACCAGCGAAGAUAACGAGUCCUUCAAUAAGCUGCUAGAUAAGCAAAAUACGAAACGUCGAAAAAAAUAUGCAUGGAUCUGGAGCGGCAACAAGAUCCCGUCCGCGCGACAGAUUGCCCAUCAUCAACGGGAAGCAAAACGGGUUGAGGAACAGGGUCUCAAUCCCUAUCAGGACAAGCAAAUAGUCACUCAGAAGGACCUUGACUCUCGGCCCGCGAAACCGGACUCAUGGAAGGCCAGACCGGAGAAUUCUCUCAUGUUCAUGCCCUCGUCUGUUGAGGACACUCUCGAGACGUUCCAGGAGAAAGCAGAAGCGUCCUCACGGGCAGGGCCCAAGCGGGUGGUGUACCAUAAUACCCGGCUACCAGAUGAGGGGCUUCAAGCUGCCCAAGAUCGAGGCGCGCUUCCGCCCUCGCCAUCGAUUUCUGCUAUUAAGGAUGCUAUUGCCGGACAUCCCCACCCUACUAAUUCAGAGGCGGGCUAUAGCGGGAGUGAGACGCCACGAGUGAAUGGGUACGCCUUCGUGGAUGAAGAUGAACCAGAUUACCCAAAAAAUAUCGUGUCAAAAGACAGUCAUACGGACUUUUCCAAGGGCCUUCGAUUGUUGGGUACAACCGAUAAAACCCCAAAUCCGUUUCAAAUCAAGGAGAACCGAAGGCGCGAAGAUCUACACCAUCGUAUAGUAGACCGCGUUGCCAGAAAGAAACGAGCGGAGAAAGUUACGCAAGAGACUAAAUCACCGGUUACCAUGACGCCGCGGUUCGCCAGUAGCCCCCGGCUAGACUUUGGAUUACGCAUGCCUGGCAGAGCAACAGUGGGAGGAGGUGGAUCAAGCAAGUUGUUGACUCCAGCGGCACAAAAACUAUUACAUCGUAUGGGGAACACUCCUCGGCCGACGGAGUCGUCUUCAUCGAACCUGAAGAAUGUGUGGACUCCGACUCCACGGAGAGCCAAAUAGAUACGAAUUGCCUGUUGAAAAGUAAUUACAUAUGAUCUCUGGACUAAUGGCGCUUCAAAGAUACCAUGGUGACCGGCGUUGUUUCCUGCUCCUAUACCGCUUAGGUUGUGAGAAGAUGUUCUAAUUUAUGAUGCUUAGAUAGCCAUAACCUAAAAAAGUUGUCUCCUUCGCGCCUGAUUU